AUGGACCCCGCCAUCGUGGCGGCCCUCCCACAGAGCGUGCAGAAGCGAAUCCUGCGGAUCCUGCAGGUGUCCGAUGACGCCGCGGCUGCCCCGGCCGCCGCGGGAUCGCAGUCGUCGACCGGCAAUCAAAAUCUGGACGGCCUCCGGGACGCCGGGUACUGCGUCGUGGAUGAUUUCUUAGGAUGGAGCGCAGCAGCAGUCCAGGACUUGCGGUCGGAAGUUGAGGCGUCGCUGAGGGAGGAGUCAAAGCAAGCAGGCAUGGGGGGAGGCGUGAGCGACGAGAAGUGGAGUGAUGCCAAGACUCGAGGGGACAGAAUACGGUGGCUGAAGCCAGACCGGGGAAGAAGUGCCAAUCGCCACAAAAUCGCAGCGCUCAUGCACUCCCUUUCAUCGUUAAGACUUAGACUAGAUGAACUCGGUUGGCAUGCUAUCCCGGCGGUGGGACUCGCUAUGCUCGACACUGUGACACCUCCCCAACCAGUCCCAACAGGACUGUGA